AGAAACGAUUUAGAACACUUCCUAAAUCAAGAUAGAAGAUUGUUUUCCGGAAUAAAAGAACUGAGAAGAGAGCAGUUCAUCACAUUACACGAAAAAGCAAUGUCGCCACUUCUCGGGGGAUUUCAUCAUCUUUCAAGGACGAGGAAAAAUCGACAAAAAUGCUAAAAAAAAGAGAUGCGAGAAAAGAAUCUUCAACCCUCAAUCUCAAAUGAAACAGUUUAGACAUGUGGCUUAAUUACGCCACAUUUCUCGAUAUCAUUCCAUCGCAUCGGCCGGAUGUAGUGGAAUGCUGUAAAAAAUGUGCGUGCUUUUGGAAUGCAGUACAUUGUGACGUUUCCUGUUUGUGGCGAAAAUCGGUCGGAUCGGAGAAAGAAUAGAAUCGUGUCGCGUAAAAAUUAAUGAAGGAGGAAAACGAGAGCGAUCCGCGAUCGAUAUAUCAAGUAUGGAAAGAGGGAGGCUGGAGCAGCUCGUUUAUAGCACUAUCCCGUGCAAAUAGCAUGAGUCAUCACCUGUCUUCUCGGCCUUUCCUCCUCGGAGCCGGGAAUCUCCGAUUUGCGCUCCGAGUUGCGCACGCAUGCAGAAGCGGACAAGUGUUUCAAAAUGGGUUGGAACGGUGAAGUGUGUAAGAAUGACAACGACUGUCCUGUCGAACAAUUUUGUUAUAUCUCCAAACGAUGUGUGGAUUAUCUGGACUGUAGCAGAUAUAAUCGCGUGAAAGGUCAAAUAGCUGCACAGGAGCCAUUGCAAUGUGGUCCAUGCAUGAAAGGAUACAUAUCUGAAAUUCUCGCCACUGGCCAAGAGACGCCAUCAUGUAAAUAUAUAGAGAAUCUAGCUGGAUCUGAUAUUACGCACAAACAAAUAAUUACAAUUACAGUGGUCAUUGUGAUAGCAAUUGUUCUCAUCGCAGUUUUAUUCUGCUAUAAGUUUUACAAACGCCGCUGCGCACGUCAAAUUCACGAAUCUAGAUCGAAUAAUGCACAUGAUAUAGCAUCAGAAGUAGCACCAGAUAAUUCUAAUGCAAUAGCAAUCGCCAGUGCUCCACCAGAAGAGGAAAGGCCAUUCAUUGGAUCUGGUGAAAAAAAGAUUUGCAUAGCGGAUAACAAUAAUAAAAGGAUCAUAGAAACUAAUGAAUAUCAAACCACUGUUCCGUACACUAUUCAGUACAGGCGUAUAGAUGCCUACGCUUCUACAAAUAAUAAUUCCAUUACCAAUGAUUCCAAUUCCAAUAAUAACCUGCUUUCUAGAGAAGUUACAGUUAUUGAAGUACGGGAAGAUCAGAGUGACAGCAAUAUAGAGACAUCACGAAUUGAUCUAUCUGAUCAUAAUGAUGACAAUCUGUCUAAUCAUAAUGAUGAUGAUGAUGACACUAUAGAUUCUGCCUCUGAACCCAACAACAAAGGCGAUAAGAAAAAAUCAAGUCUAAUCAUUAAUCAAAUGGUCCAGCAAAAUAUCACGAUAAACCUGAAUGGAGAGGAAUAUUAAUGAUCAUAAUCUUUAUCAAUGUUGACAACACACACACACACACACACACACACACACACACACACACACACA